CUGCCUCCCAGCCGGCCACCCCGCUCGCACCGCUCUCUCGUCGGCUCCCCGUCGGCACCCCGCUUCGCCCUCGUCGCCCACAGCCACCUCCCCUCCUUCCCCCUAUCGCCCUCCCUCGACGCCGUUCCGGCUCCAUCCCUCUUUCUCUCUUUUCGGUCUCUCUUCCACUCGAGGCUUCUCUCCCUCUCCGUCCCUAGCGCAGCGGCGUUUCUUCGCGUCCCACUCUGUCCCGCCGAGGCCUCUCCUCGCCCUCUUCCUCUGACAGUCGAGUUACACUCGGCGAACGCACGAGCACCGACUAUCGCCCUCUCCGUUCCCCGUCUCCGUCGGCUCGUUCUCCGUCCCGCAUUCAACACCCCCCCCCCUACACCUCCCCCCACCGCAUUCUCGCUCCGUCUCCUUUCGUCUGUCCCGUCUGUCCCUCUCACACCGACGUAUUUAGCCUCCCGCCCAACCCUCCUCCGCGCCACUCCACCACGCUCCCUCCACGUUCCGCUCGCGACUCGGCUGUCCUCGUCUCGCUGCGGCCGCCAGCCAUCCUCUCUCUCCGUCUCUGAUUCCUCUCUCUCUCUUUCACCAUCCGACCGUCCCGCUUCUCCCUCUCGCUCGCGAGUAACGCCGGUGUGUACUCCCGCUGUCACCUGAUCGCGGGACGCUUUUCGCGGGUGAGAUACCGCUCGGCCACCGAGUCAACCCAGUCUGCCGGCGCUCGCUCUUGCUCCGGUUCUUCCUUCUCAUUCUCUUUCUUUCUCUCUCUCUUUCUCUCUCUCUCCCACACACACGUAUACUCACACAAUUUCUGUCUGUCUGUCCUCGUUCCGUCUCUCUCGCACGUUCUGCCUUCUACUCCUCCUCCUCCUUCACCCUCCCUUCCCACCCCCGCGCCGCCUUCCACUCUUUACUCUUCCACCGCCGCUCUUCCUCCUGCUCGUCGCCGUCAUCGUCGUUGUCGUUGUCGUCGUUGUUGUCGUCGUCGGCCUCAUCGUGGUCUUCCUAUACUCGCCUCGUUGCCGCGCGACGUCAACAUCGUCGGGCUGGUGGCCACCCGAAGGAAGCAGAGAGGCGAGAAAAAAGGAAAGCGAGCUUCAGAAGCGACUGCCGCUGCCGCCGCCACCGCCACCGCUGCCGCCGCCGCUCAUCCGCGCUCGACCGGGUUGCGGACGAUCUCUCGCCUCUUCCUCCUUUCACGGAUCUUCGCCGGCACCACGUCGCAGCCGCCCGGAGAGAGAGGGAGGUGACACUUUCGGACGGACACGCGGCACGGAUCAUCUCGGCGGCGCAUCUCGGCGAGCGCGCGCGACGACACGAGGAGGAAGCCCAGCCACGCUCCGUCGCGGAUCGGUGACGGACACGGUGCCGCCGAGAUUUCGUUCCCUUUUUUUCCCUCUCUUUUCCCGAACCCCAGCUGGGCCCUUUGUCCCGACGAGAGACCUCGUGGGCUGAGUGGGUUCGCGCCGGUCCGGCCAGUGGAUAAGCGACAGUGCGUGUGAUCACGGUGUGACAGUGCUGAGGACGACGGAUCUCGAACGCAGCAUCACCGUCGUCGUCGUCAUCAUCAUCGCCGAUACCAUCGUCGUCACCGAAAGAACAUUUUUCGACGCUUCCUCGAUGAGAUACGAGGUACGACGUUAACUGUGAACGAUUCAUCGAGGCCUCGCAACGCACAUUACAGUGUACGAGUGAUCGUGCAUGAUCCGCAUAGUGUGAGCUUGGUGUGCUUGCAGUGUUCAAGUGUGCCGAUGUGCCGGGCGCGGGAUAACGGUGAACGGAACGCUACUCGCGACACGUAGAUACGCGCGCACGGCGAUAUGGCGAGCGCGACGAUGAUGGGUUUGCGUCGCAGAGCGCCAGUGAACAGCUCGCCGACACCCUCGAGCCAAUCGCCAUCCACGACGGCAGCCGCAUCGUCGUCGAGCAAACGCUCCAGGAGCGAGAACAACAACAGCCCGUCUCACGGCAAUUUGAACUCGAUGAACGGCACCCGGGACGAGCCGCCGACAAAGAAGUCCCGCGGGACGUCGACGAGCGCCGCGAAGGCCGGCUCCGCUUGUCCCAGUUCCUCCUCGGCCACCUGCUCUGCGUCCUCCUUGGCAUCCUCCUCGACGACCACGAGCACCUCGACGAGCGACGGCCAGAGCUCGAAGAGCCGCGGGACUUCCGUCUCGAGAUCGGCCACUCAGACGAAAUCGUCGUCCACUUCGACGGCCGCCAGCUCCUCGACAAGCGAUAUAUCGAACGGCACGGCCGUGCUCUCGACCAGCUGGCCGACCAACGCGUCGAACCUGCCCUCGGACGUUCCUUCGUACGCUUCCGUGACCGGACUCGGUUUGACGGCCGGACAAACGGCCGGCCUGUGCGCCGGAAGUCUCGGCAUGCCGCCCACACCGAUUCCGCCAUAUAUGUCGACCUCGAUGGCGACCUUCGUCGGGAACGCCACGAACCUUGGCAAGAGCUCGUCCGUCUCGUAUCUCGACAUUUCCAACAUGACGAGUGGUUCCCUGGCGGCUUCCGGUGCCGCGGCCACGCUGAGCGGAUACGCGGCGAAUGGUGCCGCGGACGCGAAGACCGGAAUGGCAAUGUCUUAUACAGCGAUGUCGUCGCCGAGCGUGAACGGUGGCACGUACGGCACGCAAAAAGGACAAGGCUCGAACGGGACUGACGGUCCAGCCGCCGCCGCCGCGUCUCCAAGGAAGUUCCAGAACGACACCAUGUUCAACACGUAUCAGCCGUGGGUGAUCAAGACUUAUGGCGAUUUAGCUAAGACAAAGACGAUCACCAUCAAGAAGUACGCGCGCAUCCUGAGGACGCUGCGGGGCGAGGAGGUGAACAGCGCGGAGAACAGCAAGUUCCGGUUCUGGGUCAAGAGCAAGGGUUUCCACAUCGGUCAGCCGGAAGGCUACGACGCGAAACCGGCCGACAGGAUUAUCGGACGUCACGCCGUCACGAGCCCGGGAUUGGACCCGCCGCUCUACGUGCCCACGCAGCUGCCGCACAACAAGUUAAAUGGUGCCGAGGGUACGGUUCCUGGAAGAGUGUACAAGAAAGUCGCGAUCGUGGAGAACUUUUUCGACAUCAUCCAUGCCGUUCACGUUGAUCUCGAAGGACGUCCUGGGAAACAUGCCGGUCAGAAACGUACCUACAGAACGAUCACAGAAACGUACGCGUUUCUACCUCGGGAAGCGGUGACGCGAUUUCUGCUAGGCUGCACGGAAUGCCAACGGCGUCCGCGGACCCCGAGCCCGACGAAUUUGUCGAAUCAGUCGCAUUCGACGGCAUCGACGACGACGCUGGCAUCGACGCCGACCCCGCUGAACUCCAGUCCCAAUGGCACCGCCCUCACAACCUCGACAGUGCAGAGCAGCCCUAAGCUGCGCGACAGCAACCAUCACGCAUCGUCGGAGGGUAAGAACCUGCACAGCUACAGGCACCAGAAGCAGCACAAGAACAGCAGCGUCGUCGUGGACAAGCCCGACAAGGACAAGGACGAGAAGUACAACCCGCUGAGCAUCACGAACCUGCUGAAGAAGGAGCCGGUGAACGGCGGUUUUCUUCCGAGCUCGGAUGCGCUGCCGGAAUCGAGGCGGACGCCGGAGUCGGACCGGGCGAGCUCGAAGAGCUCGGCGUCAUCAAAGAGGAAGCGGAUGCUGCCGGAGGGUCGGACACCCUCGCCGCAGCCCAGCCAGCCGUUGCCAAGGCCCUGGAGUCCCGGGCUCGAUCCCAAGAACACGCCCAUCGACUACAGUCUCCCCAUCACCACCUCGUACUUGAAGCACCAACAGAGGCUACUCCAGGCGGAGAAGAGCAAGGCCGCCGCUGCUGCCGCGGCGGCCGCCAACACUCUGAGGGAACCAGAAGCAACCGAGUCAAAGGUCGUCGCAGCCAUUGCGACGCCGCUCGUCGAGGAGACCGAGAGCGCCGAGAGAGAGAGGUACUCGCCGGCCACCGGUCUCAUCGACACGAACCUUAAUCUACUAGCGACCAUUCAGCAGCUACACUGCCAAGUGAUGUUGGCACUCACCGAGCGACUGAGACCGUCGAUGGUGGUGCCGACACCGUUGGUUUUGCCGACCGCGACGCCGACCAACGUCCUGGCUGGACCGCUGAUGAUGGGCACGGAAGUGUCGGUCCAGACCGGGGAGAAUCAUUCGUGAGCGGAUUGGCGCGAACGAGAGAACGGAUUGGUUCAGUAACUUCUCGGACACUUGGUGGGUGAAAGGUACUGCGUUACGAUCGCGAUCGAUGCGCGGAUAUUCCUGGUAUCUCUGGAAUUAUAUCGACGAUGCCACUAGUUGUCUGGACAUUUCGCGUACGCUGCAUCGUGAUUCCAGAUGCUCCCGCUAAGCAGAUUAAUCGAAGUCGGGUUUUCCCGAAAGGUCGUUGAAGUACGACCGACCUAUUUGCGUUUCCGACAUGGUCGCACGGCAACGAGAGAGUCGCCUAUAACAAAACGUCGAUCGCGGUCGCUCCUCAUAUUUAAUUCGUCCCUAAAUACCGUAUCCGAUUGACGCGCGUUCGCGAACCGCGACGGGAAGACUCGUCCCGUCUUUCUCGCCGGCAGGAACCGAGAGGAACGACGGAUAGAUGCAAUUACAUAUUGAACCGGACGGGAUCGAUUACCGCUCGUGUCACACAUUUCAUCCGAUCGGUUGCUGGCCGUUUGCUCGCUCGCGCCCCGACGUCGCUCGGUGCUCGAUAUAGACGGCGGGCCGAGCGAGCGGAAUAAUUCCCGAGUCUGUCGAAAUACGGGUCGAUGUGUCAGGGAUUCGCGCGGCGCUUUCCACGUCCGAUAUUUAGGGAUCCGUUCCGCGGAGAGCGGAUCCGGCCGGACCCGGCGUCGAUCGAUCCAUCGAAACGGAGCAAAAGCGACAGUCCGUGCGGCGACACCGCGAUGGUCCUGAAUAUUCAACGAGUCGACGAGGUAGAGAGACAGAGACGAAAGAAGAGACGAAGACAGAGAGAGAGAGAGGGAGUAAAAAAAGGGACCCGUAUUCUCGUUUUCGAGUGUCGCCCGCGGAUUCGGUAACGUUCGACGUCGUUAUCGAUGAAUUGUCUUUCAUGUUUUAAGACGCCCAUUCGACAAUUUCCUCAGAUUCGACGAAUUUCACAUUCGGCGGAUGAUGCUUCAAAUAAACGACAGGUCUUCUUAAUUCAACGCUCGUUUUCUCUUUAUCGAGAGAAUAUUUAGAUAUUAUAAAAGAUUCCGUCUUGGAGACGAAUGCGCGAGUCAAACUUUAGCGCGAUAAAUGAGUAAUGCUACAUUAUUUAUCAAUUGUUCGAUUUCAAAAUUUUACCGUUUCCAUUUUAGCAGAUUCUUGUUAACAUAUCUGGCAUCAACGUCGAAAAUUGGAAAGAUGAACAUUUUCUGCAAGGAGCAUGGUUGUCGGGAGACCGACAAACGCGUCUCUGUGCGCGGCAAGCGAUGUAAUAGCCUCGCAAUCUCGGAUGGUCCGUGGAUUAAUGUCGAUUAAGCGCGAUCAGGUAACAUCUCAUUGACGAGAAAAGGGCCGGUUCGAUCUAGCCGGCAUUCCGCUUCUAAUCGUAAUAAUAUUAUCGCAUGUAAUUACACACAACGAGGAUAUCGCGGCGCAUGAACGCGCGACUCUUCCUAUUUUAUUUAUCCCGUCUCGUUGUGUUUCGCGGAACCGGUCGAUCCGGUAUUAUCUGCGCGCCGGCAACUUCCCUCUCGUUACAUUGUCUUAAUUAUCGUAUUAUUGGCGCGAUCGGUAAUUGAACACGUUAUUUCUGAAGAAGGAAACUGAAAUAGAGAGAGAGAGAGAGAGAGGGAGUCUCUAUCGUAUCUCGGUCUAGAAUUAAGUGUAACAUCUUUCCAUUUUCCGUGUAAGUUACUUUUCUUUUCUGCUCGCCGAGAUGAUCAUCGUUCUUAGAAUUUAUUUCAUUUCAUUUAAUUAGUUGUGGUUUUAAUUUCGCGAAUUAUUCACUUAAUUGAAAAAGUUCAGUGCGAGCUGGGAAGAUGUCAGAUUUUUCGUACGUGGAAAUGAUUUGAGGGCGACUGGAUUUAGUCUCGUUCUGUGUGAAAUAAUUUCUUCAUUUAGCAAAACCGCCGUCGGACGCUCGAUGCCGACUAUAUACCAAAGGCAGUAACACUAUGAGCUCUCACUUCGCGAGAGCAGUUCGCGUCUCUGUAAGCGCAACGGCAGAGUGAUCGGUAAGGCGAAUCGAUCGCAAUUGUAAGUCGAUUGUUUCCCGCAUCGUGAGAUCUCGGCGACGGUCCUCGGGCGGCGAAACCCGUUUCGUAUCUGAUUGUGUACGUAGCCUAGCCUCGUGUACGAUAUUACUCGAAGUAGUUCGUCUUUCGUGUACGAUCUAGCGCGUUAGCUAGACAAGAACAAGAAAAAAAACAAAGCAGAAAAUACGCCGGUAAUGCAAUAGUCCUUAAGGUGUGUGUGCUUGCAUAAAAAAAA